AUGGCAGCCACCUCGCGAGCAGCCAAAUCAUUCCUGCUCCGCGCCUCGCGAUCCCAUCUCCCAGCGCUCACCAGCAUCUCCUCAACCCUCCCCCGCAAAGCCUUCUCAGCAAGCCCCCUCACCCUGCGCUACCUCUCCACGAUGAAGGCCCUCGUCUACAACGGCAACAACUCCGUCACCCUCCAGGACAAGCCCCUCCCGGACAUCGUCAACCCGUCCGACGUGAUCGUCAAGGUCUCCAAGACGACCAUCUGCGGCACGGACCUGCACAUCCGCAAGGGCGACGUCGCCACCUGCUCCCCGGGCCGCAUCCUCGGCCACGAGGGCGUCGGCGUCGUCCACAAGACGGGCGCCUCCGUCGCGCGCUAUAAGGAGGGCGACAAGGUCCUCAUCUCGGCCAUCUCCAACUGCGGCACCUGCGAGUACUGCCGCCGCGGCAUGUACAGCCACUGCACCACCGGCGGCUGGAUCCUCGGCAAUACGAUUGAUGGCACGCAGGCCGAGUACGUGCGCAUCCCGCACGCCGAGAGCAGCCUGCACCCCGUCCCCGCGGGCGCCGACGAGGCGGCGCUGGUUAUGUUGAGCGACAUCUUCCCGACGGGGUACGAGUGCGGCGUGCUCUGCGGCAAGGUGCAGCCUGGCGGGACGGUCGCUGUCGUGGGGUCCGGGCCGAUUGGGUUGGCGUCGAUUAUCACGGCGCAAAUGUAUGCGCCGUCUAAGAUUAUUGCAAUUGAUACGGAUCCGAACCGGUUGGAGGUGGCCAAGAAGUUUGGCGCUACUGAUGUUGUGGAUAGCUCCAAGGGAACUGCUGUCGCCGACAUUAAGGCCAUGACGGAGGGCAAGGGCUGCGACUCUGUGAUCGAGGCUGUGGGAAUUCCUGCCACGUUUGACCUCUGCCAGGAGUUGCUGGCCCCUGGUGGCGUGUUGGCGAACGUUGGUGUUCACGGAACAAAGGUUGACCUUCACCUCCAGAAUCUUUGGGACAAGAACAUUGCAAUCACCACUAGGCUUGUAGACACGACGACGACGCCAAUGCUUCUCAAGCUGGUGCAGUCUGGCAAGCUGCAGCCUUCUCAACUGAUUACUCAUCAUUUCAAACUCAACGAGAUGGAGAAGGCGUAUGAGACCUUCGGAGCAGCAGCGCAGCACGGUGCUCUCAAAGUAGUCAUCGACGUGGACUAA